UAAGGUGGGCAUCCAACAUAGACACAUAUCAAAAAGGCCCAGCAGAGGAUGCACUUUCUCCACCAGCUCAAGAAGUUCAACUUGCCUCAGGAACUACUGAUUCAGUUCUACACAGCAAUAAUCCAGUCUGUCCUCUGCACAUCCAUCACUGUCUGGUUUGGUUCUGCCACCAAACAGGACAGGGACAGACUACAAUGGACAGUUAGGUCUGCAGAGAAGGUCUGCAUUGGUGCCAACGUGCCCUCCAUUCAGGACUUAUAAACCACCAGAGUCAGGAAACGUACAGGCAACAUCACUGCAGGCCCAUCACACCCUAGUCACAACCUUUUCCAACUCCUCCCCUCUGAGGAUCUAAUGAGUACAUAGACCAUGUCUACCACUCAGUGAUGUCACAGCUGAACGAGGACCAUGCUGAAAUCAGACUCUCGGCUUUCCAGAUAGCCAGCGAGCUGUUCUCUAGAUCACAUCACUUCAGGACUCUUCUGGUGGAAAACUUUCAGGAUUUCUUGGAGUUGACUGUUGAGACAGAUUCAGGACAGCCUCUCCCUCCUCCUAAAGAGGUAGCCAGGAAACUGAAGACAUUAGCCAUCAGGACAGUCCAGUCAUGGCAUGCCAGCUUUGGAACAGCCUACAAAAAGCUGGCUCUGGGCUACCACUUCCUCAAACAGAUCAAGGUGGACUUCCAUGAUGUUCAGGCCAGGACCACGGUGGAGAGGAGGAGAGAGGAAGAGAGGCUGAGCAGGAUGGAGAUUAUUAACAGUGGGAGAGCAGAAGCAGCCGCCAAAGAAUUGGAGGAAUUCCACCAGGAAAUUGAGUCAACUUUAACGGAGAUGGAGUCCUGUCUGAAGCUGUUGCUCCCUGAUGAGUUCUGCCUCUUGGAUCAUCAGAUGAACAUUAGUACAUCUCAGAGCUCACAACCAGCUGAUCAGCACUCACCUCCUCUCCAAGCCACUGCACCAACAGCCAACGAUGAAAUGAAGGAUCUGAAACCUUUCAAUGAAUGCACAUCAGAGCAGAAACAACCAUGCUGCAGCCAAGACCUGAAGCGGGCAGGCAAGGAUGGGGAGGAAAGAGAGCAGAAGAAAAGGAAUGAGAAGGUAGAAGAGAAGAAGAAACUAAAUGAAAACAAUACUCUGAAGGAGAGAGGGGACGAAGAAGGGAGAAAUGAGAGAAAAAUGAAGCUAGAAGACGACAUGGAAGAUGACUCGUUUAUUCAACACUCAGGGCUCAUCUCUCACUCAUACUCUCUGGAUAUCAGCUUAGAUCCUGAGGUCUAUGUUAAAGAGACAGAAGACAAUGAGGCAGUGGUUUCCACUUUGAUUGACCUCCAUCGACUGAUCACAACCAAACACCUGCCAGCUGUGCAGAGCUGGGUUCAGAUUUUUACAAAGUCGGGUGCUGAGCAGCAACUGCGGAGAGCAUUGGAUCUGAAGAUGUCUUUAGAAGAUGCACUGCAGAAACACAAAAAGCUCCACAUCAGCUACAAGACCAGGAUACGGAGAGUGAUGAAAGCUUCUGCUGCUGGAGGUGAUGAGGAGGAGGAGAGUGAUGACCAAGAUGAUUUCACAGAGGUCCCAGAAAAAGAAGGAUAUGAGCCAAACAUUCCAGAACACCUUCGAGAGGAGUACGGUCUGGACUCUAUCCCCUCCACCUCUUCAGCACCAACCAACAAGAGAGCCCCAAGUAAGAGACCUGUCCCUCCUGCCUCCACCUUCUCUUCUUAUGUUACCAAGCAGCGGAAGAGAGUCCUGGAAGAGGAGCAGGAUCCCACCUGUGCAGCUGCCACACAGCGGCAGCUCCUGCAGCACCUCUCUCCGCACACAGCCCCUGGCAGUACUUCCUCCUCGACACAGUCCAGGGCUGGUGCUGUGCACGCUGCUCCUCUUGACUCUGGUCCUGGUGCUUCUUGUCUUGGUGGUGGUGCUUCAGCCUCAGAGGACAAGGCUGCCAAUGCUCCGGUGGUUCCUUUUGGUUUGGACCUGUACUACUGGGGCCAGGACCAGCCCAACGCUGGCAAAAUCAUCAAGUCAGCAUCUCAGCACCAGUUCUGGGUUCCCUGUGAGGUGGACGAAGAGGUGGAAAACAAGGAGCUCUCGGCAGAAAGCAGGAGCAGAUACAUCUCCUUCCCAGGGACCUUCACUCCUGUCAGCCAUUACUGCAGUGCACCACUGGCCAACGGCAAACUGUGUCAGAGACAGGACAGGGUUAAGUGUCCUUUCCAUGGCGUGAUAGUUCCUCGGGAUGCCCAGGGUCGGCCCAUCAGAGAGGAAGACCGGCAGAGAGAGGAGCAAGAGGAGAGGAAGAGGAGAGAGGAGCAGCCUGACUGGCGUGACCUGGAGUUGAUGCAAGAUAUUGAAGCGGCGACAGGAGAAGACCUCAGCUCUGGACUCGUGGGCCGGGGGAGGGGGCAGAACAAAGGAAAAGGAAAAAAGAAGAAGAAAUAUCCCAACCUCAGUGAUCUGAAGCAGAGUUCCAACACACCCCGCUCCAGGCUGGAAAGAAAAGUUUUCAACAAGAGCUCCAUGCGAAGAGUCACAGAGGCCCAGAAUAAGGCCGACAGCAGAAAACACGACAAGUUCUCCAACCAGUUUAACUAUGCUCUCAACUGAUCUACUGUCACAGCACGUAGAAAUGGAGGUGCUGGGUGUCCGUGUGGUGUGCCUGUCUAUUCCGUUGCCUACCAAUACAGGGAUCGCUGGUUCGAAUCCCCGUGUUGCCUCCAGCUUGGUCGGGCAUCCCUACAGACACAAUUGGCCGUGUCUGCAGGUGGGAAGCCAGAUGUGGGUAUGUGUCCUGGUCGCUGCACUGAUGCCUCCUCUGGUCGGUUGGGGUGUCUGUUCAGGGGGGGGGGACUGGGGGGAAUAGCGUGAUCCUCCCACGUGCUACGUCCCUCUGGUGAAACUCCUCACUGUCAGGUGAAAAGAAGCGGCUGGUGACUCCACAUGUAUGGGAGGAGACAUGUGGUAGUCUGCAGCCCUCCCCGGAUCGGCAGAGGGGGUGGAGCAGCGACCGGGGCGGCUCAGAAGAGUGGGGUAGUUGGCUGGAUACAAUUGGGGAGGGAAAAAAAAAGGGGGGGGAGAAGUUUCACUGCUAGUGCAGCAGUCUGACAAGUCCUGGCUUUAAAGCAGUCCACAAAGAGCUCAGUGGUCCUUUACCCUGUACGGUUUUUUUCUUUUAAAUGUAUGUUUUGCCUAUUUUCUCUCCCUGUUAAAGGUUUUCAUGGAGUUGUUCCUUAUUUAAUGUGAGGGUCUACGGACAACACAACAAGUCAUGUUGGGUUGCUGUACAGCCCCCUGAGGCACAUUUGUAAUUUGUGAUAUAUUGGACGAUACAAAUAAAGUGGGCUUGACUCUG